GGAGAAACGAUAGUUUAUCGCAAACAAGCGAACAAAGUAUACAAAGCUAGUAUAUAUUCUCGGACAAGUUGGUAAUGAGAUGAUCUAACGUGGAUUGUCAUUUCGCGAAUCGUCAUCGAGGAGGAGGAGGAGGAGGAGGAGGAGGGGGCGAAGAAGAAGAGGAAGAAAAGAAGAAGAAAAAGAAGAAGAAGAAGAGAAAGAGAGGUAUAUUUCUUUUUCCUUUUUUUUGCACCAAGUAUCAUCAAGUCUCGACAUUGAAAAUGUUUAUCGCGUUAAAGAAAUGCAGAGCACUUUGAAGGCGCAGCAAACGGCACAGCAGCCGACUCGCGUAUCUUCUAUACCGCAUCAAUCGAAUCGCGCGUCCACCAUACACCUGCACAAGAGGAAGUUGACCGAACAGGAGAUACAAGAGCUGCAUCAGGAAUUGGAGACCGUCGACCACGUAAUAGCUUUGGAGACUUUGUACGAAAAAUUAGGCACGAACGCGGAAACGGGCCUGACAAGGGAGCAGGCGCGCAAAAUCAUGGAACGAGAUGGACCGAACGCAAUGUCACCGCCCAAGGUCACGCCGGAAUACAUCAAAUUUCUCAAGUGCAUGUUCCACGGAUUCGCCUCGUUGCUCUGGGUCUGCGCGAUUCUAUGCUUCGUCCUGUACGGCGUCACUCAUUUGAUGCACGAGAUCGACACUGGCAUCGCAUGGCUAGGCAUAAUCAUCGUUUCGAUAUGCAUCACCUCGGGGGUAUUUGCGUACAUACAGGAGAGCAAGAAUAUCAAGGUGAUGGAGUCCUUCGAGAAGAUGGUGCCCACCUUUGCCACCGUGAUCCGUGACGGGGUGAAACUGCGCCUCGGCACGGAGGAGCUGGUUCUGGGCGACCUGGUGGAAAUACGUAUGGGCGACAAGAUUCCGGCCGACAUCAGGAUAACCGAGUGCCGCGGGCUCAGGGUCGAGAACUCGAGCAUCACCGGCGAGAGCGAGCCGGUGGCGCGCACCGAUUAUCCCACCGACAGAAAUCCCCUCGAGUCCGCCAACGUGGCCUUCUCCACGUCGUUCGCGGUGGCGGGUGACGGCAAAGGGAUCGUGAUCGCCACGGGCGAUCGCACCAUGAUAGGCCGUCUGGCCGGUCUCACGUCGCAGCUCAUCAAGAUCGAGACGCCAAUCGCUAAGGAGAUCAGGCAUUUCGUCGAGAUCAUCACGAUCGUGGCGGUUCUGUGCGGCCUGGGGUUUUUCGGCCUGUCGCUGCUGCUCGAACCGAAUCUCGUGCGAGCGUUUACCUAUCUGCUCGGCAUAGUUAUCGCCAAUGUGCCCGAGGUGCUGCUGGUGACCGUGACGACAGUCUUGACGCUGACCGCCCAGAAGAUGGCGAGUAAGAACUGCCUGGUAAAGAAUCUGGAGGCGGUUGAGACUCUAGGCUCGACGUCGGCCAUCUGCUCCGACAAGACGGGCACGCUCACGCAGAACAAGAUGUCCGUGUCUAAUUUGUGGUUCGGCCACACCAGGUACAACUUUCCGCCGGGCGAGAGAAUUGGCGUCGAGAGGGAUCUGCUGCUGGAGAAGCCGGCUUUCGGCGUCAUGUUACGUGCCGCUACUCUCUGUCUGCGUGCCGAGUUUACCGCCGAAUCCUUCAUGCUGGCGCCCAUCGAGGAGCGCGAGAUCAUCGGUGACGCGUCCGAGACCGGUAUCCUCAAGUUUUGCGAGCACGUCCAUCCGACGCAGAGGUACCGCGAGGCUCAUUCGAAGGUCGCCGAGAUCCCCUUCAGCUCGACGACCAAGUAUCAGAUGUCGAUACACCGGGACGCCUACGGUUAUACGAUGAUAUUGAAAGGCGCCCCGGAGGUGAUCUUGGACACGUGCGCGACGAUCCUGACGGCGGACGGAGAGACGAGAGAGAUGGCCGCCAACGAUUACGCGAUAUCCCGUCGAGCCUGCACCGAGUUGGGUUACCUCGGCGAGCGCGUUCUAGCUUACUGCGACUUGCAUCUGCCCGCCAGCGUCUACGGGCCGACUUACAAGUUCGACACCGACUCGCCCGCGUCCUACAACUUUCCCGUCAAGGGAUACAGAUUUGUCGGGCUGAUAAGUCUGCAGGAUCCCCCGAGGCCCGGCGUGCCCGAGGCGGUGCAUAAAUGCCGCACCGCCGGUAUCAAGGUGAUCAUGGUGACGGGUGAUCAUCCGGUGACGGCGAUGGCGAUCGCCAAGAAAGUUGGUAUCAUAAGCGAAGGCCACGAGACUCGUUACGAGCGAGUGGUCCUGCAAGACAGGUCUUACUCGCAAGUGACCGACUCGCAACAAGCGGUCACCCCGCCGGACACCGCCGCCGCGAUCGUCAUCACCGGUGCCGAAUUGAGGAACAUGGAUGCGAGCGAGCUCGACAACGUUAUACGCCGUUACGAGGAGAUCGUGUUCGCGAGGACGUCGCCGCAGCAAAAGCUGUUAAUCGUGGAGAGCUGUCAACGGCUGGGAGAGAUCGUCGCGGUCACCGGCGACGGUGUCAACGAUUCACCGGCGUUGCGGAAGGCCGACAUAGGAGUAGCGAUGGGGAUCGCCGGUUCCGACGUUGCCAAGAACGCCGCGGAUAUGAUACUCAUGGACGACAAUUUUGCGUCGAUCGUCACGGGUGUCGAGGAGGGCCGCCUGAUAUUCGACAACUUGAAGAAAUCGAUCGCGUACACGUUAACGUCGAGCGUGCCGGAGAUGUUGCCGAUGUUGAGCGGCCUGUUACUCGCGAUUCCCCUACCGUUGGUCAUCGAACUGGUCAUCUGCAUAGACGUCGGCACCGACCUCGUUCCCGCGAUCGCUCUCGCCUACGAGAAGCCCGAGUCCGAUAUAAUGCGCCGGGCGCCGAGAAACCCUCAGUAUGACAAACUGGUCAACAAGCGUCUGAUAUCCAUCACCUACGGCCAGAUAGGAAUGACGCAGUCGUUGGCCGGAUUUUACACUUACUUCAUGGUACUUAUGAUGAACGGCUUUAUGCCCGAUCGUCUGUUGGGAUUGCGAAUAGAAUGGGAGAACCCAUCCAUCAACGAUCUACAAGAUUCCUGGGGCCAAACGUGGACUUACGAAAAUCGAAUGAAUCUCUUGAUGGAGGCGCAAAGUGGAUACUUCCUUUCUAUCGUUAUAACGCAAAUGAUAGAUCUGAUCAUGUGCAAGACCAGGCGCAAUUCCAUCUUUCAACAAGGAAUGAGCAACUGGUUUGUCAACUUUUCCUUCGUUUUCGAAGUUAUUCUAACGGGGAUCUUGCUCUAUGUUCCAGGCACGGAAUACGUAUUCAAGACCAUGCCACUGAUGGCCUAUUGGUACUGGCCUUGCCUGCCGCUCGGUGCAUUUCUUUGGAUCUACGACGAAUUGAGACGUCUGUGUAUUCGUCUCUUUCCAGGUGGAAUCAUGGAAAGAGAAACGUAUUAUUGACAUCCUUCUUUCCAUUGCGAUUCCACAGGGAAGACGCGAAUGGUUACUCGCAGAUAACUGUCCGUUCGUUAAAUAAUUUACAUACUCGUUAACUAUCCGUUACGCGCGAGUCUCACGUCUCGAGCGUGUUAUCAUUCACGAUUAGACGAUCAGCAUUUACUGUUACAAGACUACAGUAUUUCUUAUUAUUAUUAUUAUUACUUAGUUGGAAGAGUACGUGUCAUUACGAUAGAAUUUAUCCUACGUGCGAGAUCCUCUUUCUCUCUUUAUUUAUAUCAAUAAUAAAAAAAUCUG